UUGCGCUUUAGCCGCCUGCAACGCGCCGCCGCGACACGAGCUAGCGAGCGCGGCAUGGCCUUCCUCGGCGCCUGGGCGGAGCACGUGUGGACGAGGAUGCGGCGGCUAGACUACUGGAAUACCGAGCACGCCAUCGCAAACACGCCCGCCAAGCUGUAUCGCCGCGUCUCUCCCGGCUCGCAACCAGCAGCGCUUGUGCAGCGCAAGGAGGCCAGCUCCGUGUACUCUAUUCGGUACUACAACAAGGACCUGAAGCGGCGCGACACGGGCUACUACCCGGACACGCCGCUCACCCUCAACCACACCAUCAUGCAGGGCCAACCCGUCAGGCCGAGCGACGCGCCCGCCUCCCAGGUACCAAAGGUUGGCGCCUUUGGCUCUGCCACCUACGCUGGCCCCGAGAUCAUGGGCAUCAAGACGCCGAACGCCAGCUGAGAGAGGCGGCGAGGAGGCUAGACGAGCACGCCGGCUCGCGCCAACCUCUCCCACAGAGGCGCUGCGCGAGGCUUUUGGGUCGAUCGGAAUAAUGAGAUGGACCGCGACGGUCGCCCCUCGCGCUUGCGGACGCUCAACCGACAACGCCUAGGACAACGCUCUCUCGGCGCUCUCGGUCUCGCUGCCUAGUAUCUCUGCUCUCCCUGAUAUGCCCGACGAGGGCCCAGCUCGCCCUCGCGCGAGUCGGGACCCGCCCUGUCUUUCGUGGACCCGUCACAUCCAAUACAGGGUACGAAAAA